CACACACACACACUCAUUGAUUUUAUAAAAACAAAAAACAAACGUCCCCGAAAUCUCACAUCACUCAACUAUAUUUCCCUUCAAUUCAGAUCAGAAACCUACGGAUCCCUGUCUCUCCUUCAAUCUUUCUGAGAGAUUGAGCUAAGUUGAUAAAAUAAAAAUAUUUGAAUGGAGUGUAAUGAACGUAAGAGAGGAAGGAGAAAAGACUAUGUAGCUCAGCAGAGUUAUGAUGAUGAAUUGGACCCAUGGACCGCUUGGGCUUACAAACCUCGUACCAUUACGUUGUUAUUUAUAGGCUCAUGCUUUUUGAUUUGGGCAAGUGGAGCUCUUGAUCCCAAAAGCAAUUCAUCAGAUGAUAUAGUAACAUCUGUCAAAAGGGGCAUAUGGGCAAUGAUUGCAGUUUUUUUUAGUUACUGCUUGCUUCAAGCUCCAUCAACGUUACUAGUUAGGCCACAUCCUGCAAUCUGGCGCCUAGUUCAUGGCAUGGCCGUUAUCUACCUUGUUGCUUUGACAUUUUUGCUAUUUCAGAAUCGUGAUGAUGCUAGGCAGUUUAUGAAGUAUCUCCAUCCUAAUCUUGGUGUUGAACUUCCUGAAAGAUCAUAUGGUGCUGAUUGCCGAAUCUAUGUACCCGACAAUCCCAGUAACAGGUUUAUAAAUGUUUAUGAAACACUUUUUGAUGAAUUUGUUCCGGCUCAUUUGUUUGGGUGGUGGGGAAAGGCAAUCAUGAUUCGCAAUCAACCCCUUUUGUGGGUGUUGUCGAUAGGAUUUGAGUUAAUGGAGCUCUCUUUUCGCCAUAUGUUGCCGAACUUUAAUGAGUGCUGGUGGGACAGCAUUAUUCUUGAUAUUUUAAUCUGCAAUUGGUUAGGUAUCAAGGGAGGAAUGCUUACUGUUCGUUAUUUUGAUGGCAAAACGUAUGAGUGGGUUGGAAUAAGCCGUCAACCAAACAUUUUGAGUAAAGUAAAACGAACAUUAAGUCAAUUUACUCCAGCUCAUUGGGACAAAGAUGAAUGGCACCCAUUCCUUGGCCCAUGGCGGUUCAUCCAAGUCCUAUUUCUUUGUAUUGUAUUCUUAACCGUUGAGCUCAAUACCUUUUUUCUUAAAUUUUGCCUCUGGAUUCCUUCACGAAACCCAGUAAUUGUUUAUCGAUUGAUACUAUGGUGGCUUAUUGCCAUUCCUACAGUUCGGGAGUACAAUUCUUACCUACAAGACCGAAAACCCGUGAAAAAGGUUGGAGCUUUUUGUUGGCUUUCUGUUGCAAUCUGCAUCAUCGAACUCCUUAUUUGCAUCAAAUUUGGGCAUGGUCUGUUUCCAACUCCGAUGCCCAGAUGGCUAGUAAUUUUGUGGUCAUCCGUUGGUGUCAGCCUUCUUGCAUUCUUGAUCUUGUGGACAUGGCAAUUUCAAAGAACUUUAAGCAGAAAGCGCCUAUGAUAUUUUUCCAAGAUUCAGAAUUGAGUCAACUUAGCGAUAGCCUCCAGUUUUUUUUUUGUGGAUUUACAAGCGAGAAACAAAUCGUAUUUUCUUUUGGUAAGAUUUCUCCCACCAUUGCUGUAAAUUUUAGGGUAUUAAUUAAGGUGUUAAACUAUAAAGCUAAGUUUAAAAAGCAGUUAAUGACUAAGGUUAUUCUUAUUGA